UUAAAAUCAUACGUCAAAUUUCAUUGGGUAACAUAACACUACAAAUUAGUUUAUCACGAGUUUAAUUUACUCUCCUAAUCCAAGACUACUUUAAAAGCAAUAUGGUGCGGUUGUCUCCAGCUCUCUUGCGUGUGCCGGUAAUAAAGUUCCGUAAGGGUGGUUUGGGACACUCGGGAACGCGCGCUGCACCCGCAGCGCCCGCGGCAGCUCCUGCACCUUCUGCGUCUUGUGCCUUUAGGCCGGCAGGAGCCCCAGCAGGGGCACCACAAAUGAGUACCAGUGCUAUUCCUGACAUUGACCUUCCGGCACGCUACAGAAGAAAACCCCUCUCUCAGGAAGAGAUUGACCAGAUCAAUGGAGGAGGCAUUGCUGAUCCACCAAAGCUGGCGGCGAAAAAGUGAGCUAUACAAAUGACAGCUAUCAUUGUGUAAGUACAAUUAGUACAGUCACCUGCAACAGCUGGCAGUCAGCUGCAACAAUAUAAAUAUAAAUAAUACUAUCUAUGAAGCACUCGUUUUUUUUAGCAUUACAAAAAGUAUAAACAAUCUUUAUGUGUCUUUUUAUUAAAACACGCCUUUAAAAAAUAGUAACUAAUUACUUAUGAAACCAAAAGAAUGUAAAUAUAUGUCUUUGCUAUAUAAUUGUUACAUACAAAUACAUACAUACAUCACACCUAUAUUCCAGAAGGGUAGGCAGAGACCACAGAUUUCCACUUGCUACGAUCCUGACAUACCUCUUUCGCUACAUAUUCGCAUUGAUUUAUUUUUCAAGUGUUUUCAAUAAAAAUACAUGUCAAGAUUGUUUACGUUUUUUCUAAUGCUUAAAGAAACGAGAUUCCAUGCUCAUUCGAGCAGUGGGGUGGGGUGCCUUAAUGGAUUGUACUAUACACAACACAAGCACAAAAAUAUAUCAUGUACAUACACAAGGCAAGGACAUACUUAUAUCUCUGUUAUUUUUGCGUGCAUUGGCUAGGUGACUGUACAUAAGUACACAUAAACAUUUGGCCAUACACAUACUUAAUUCACUCAUUCAAAUAAUUCACCCCAGCUGUGGUGUGUUCGACCUGUACAUACAGGCAUAAAUAGUUUAAAAUACCUCAAUUAUUUCAGAAAGAGAAAGAGCGCACAAAACAUUUUUUGAAACCGAAAAAGGAAAGACCUUUACCAUUGGCAACUAUUAAAAUACCUCGCGGUGUCCUGGUUCAAUCAGGCAAGAAGAAAAAACUAGUAUCCCUAAGUGUAACUAUUGGAAAGCAAAGGAAAAAUAAAUAAUUCAAGUUGAACAUAAUCAUUUUAUUGAAAAAAUAUAAAAUUGUAUUUAUUACUGAGAA